CCUUCGGCGCUUUUGAUUGGCCGAGCCCAACACCAUCCCAGGGUGCUUUGUGGUAGCAGUUCUUUUCCGCUGGCCGUUCUCCUCCGGAGGAGGCCCGUAGGCAGCAGCCAUGGCGCCCAGCCGGAAUGGCAUGAUCCUGAAGCCCCACUUCCACAAGGACUGGCAGCGGCGCGUGGCCACGUGGUUCAACCAGCCGGCGCGGAAGAUCCGCAGACGCAAGGCCCGGCAAGCCAAGGCACGCCGCAUCGCCCCGCGCCCCGCGUCCGGACCCAUCCGGCCCAUCGUCAGGUGCCCCACGGUGCGGUAUCACACCAAAGUGCGAGCCGGCAGGGGCUUCAGCCUGGAGGAGCUGCGGGUGGCUGGCAUCCACAAGAAGGUGGCGCGGACCAUCGGGAUCUCCGUGGAUCCGAGACGGCGGAACAAGUCCACGGAGUCCCUGCAGGCCAACGUGCAGCGGCUGAAGGAGUACCGCUCCAAGCUGCUCCUGUUCCCGCGGAGGCCGGCAGCCCCCAAGAAGGGGGACAGCUCGGCCGAGGAACUCAAGCUGGCCACGCAGCUGACAGGACCGGUCAUGCCCAUACGGAACGUCUACAAGAAAGAGAAAGCCAGAGUCAUUACCGAGGAGGAGAAGAACUUCAAGGCGUUUGCCAGUCUUCGCAUGGCCCGUGCCCAUGCCCGGCUGUUUGGCAUCCGGGCCAAGAGGGCCAAAGAAGCUGCAGAACAGGAUGUGGAAAAGAAAAAAUAAAGCGCCGUUGGCAACUUGAGAUA